AUGCGCAGUGCGUUGAGAGCGCUGGUCCCUGCAGGAGUGAUGGCGUCCUCGGCUGCUCGCUGCUCCACACGCUGGAUCACGGUUGCUCUGUCCUCUGGCCGGCGGGGGACUACAGGUGCUGUUUUUUCCUCUGAGCAUGGAGGGGCCCGACGGUUUUCCACCCUGGGGGUGGACAGAGUGCUGCGCGGAGGAGCGUUUGUGUGCGGGGGAGCAGGAAAAGCGUUGACAUUGAAAGGACUGUCAGGCCUGAAAUUCCCCCAUGCUGUCUACACACUGUCCUUUCACACGAGUGCUCCUUCCAGCAGCAAACAGGACUACUACCAUGUUCUGGAUGUACCUCGCACAGCAAGCCAGAAGGAAAUCAAGAAAGCCUACUAUCAGAUGGCCAAAAAGUACCACCCUGACACAAACAAAGAUGACCCUCAAGCUAAGGAAAAAUUUGCUCAGCUAGCUGAAGCUUAUGAGGUCCUUAGUGAUGAAGGGAAGAGAAAGCAGUAUGACACUUACGGCUCAACAGGCUUUGAUGCUGGUCAGGCUGGUGGAGGGCAGCAGUACUGGAGCGGGCAGACCAGCAACAUUGACCCAGAGGAGCUUUUCCGCAAAAUCUUUGGAGAAUACUCAGGAAGUCGUGGCUUUGGAGACUUUAAUGCCAUAUUUGACCAGCCACAGGAGUAUGUCAUGGAACUGACCUUCACCCAGGCAGCAAAGGGAGUGAAUAAGGAGAUGUCCAUUAAUUUAGAAGCAGCCUGCCAGGCCUGUGAUGGUAAAGGCCACGAGCCAGGGACCAAGGUUCAGCACUGCCAGCAUUGCAAUGGUUCGGGCAUGGAAACAAUAAGCACAGGCCCAUUUGUGAUGCGCUCAACAUGUCGUCGUUGUGGCGGCAAAGGCACAAUCACAUCCACCCCUUGUCGCUCCUGCCGUGGUACUGGACAGACCAAGCAGAGGAAGACUGUGAUGGUCCCUGUACCUGCAGGAGUGGAGAAUGGUCAGACAGUCAGAAUGCCAGUCGGAAAGAAGGAGAUCUUCAUCACAUUUCGGGUCCAAAAAAGCUCAGUGUUUAGAAGAGAUGGCGCAGAUGUCCACUCUGAUCUCUUUGUCUCUGUGGCACAAGCCAUCCUGGGUGGCACGGCCAGAACACAAGGCCUUUAUGAAACACUCAAUUUGUCAAUUCCUGCAGGAAUCCAGACAGACCAGAAGAUCCGCCUCACAGGAAAAGGAAUAGCUCGCAUCAGUGGCUAUGGCUUCGGGGAUCAUUACGUCCACGUCAAGAUAAAAAUUCCCAAGACUCUGACUGACAGACAGAGAACUCUAAUGACGAGCUAUGCUGAAGAUGAGACAGAUGUAGAGGGAACAGUGAACGGUGUCACCGUUAGCAGCACAGGGAAAAGAUCCUCCUGGAACUGAGGCUUCAUCGGAAGGUCAGAGGACGGCGCAAAGCAAGGACACACUUUAUAAAGAAACUGUCAGAUGGAAGAGGAGUAUUGGAAAAGGAAGUCUGCAAGGCUUUUCAUGGAUCAAUCAUCACAGGCUUAACCACUAAACCUUGUACUGAAGAGGGGGGAAAAAGCAGAGGAUAACUUGCUCUGUUCUUCUGCCCAAGUGGAUUCACAGACAAGACAUGCCAGCUGUCGCCCCUCUGUCAAACGUCCAUGGAGGCCAGUGUGGCGGAAAAGUCUUAUUUCUAAUAAUACUCUGUUUUGGAAAACAGAAGCUGUUCUGAUAGCAGAAUCCACAAUUGAGAAAUGAUACGGAAAGAAGCUACAAAUUCAGUCUUCACCCCACGGUCACAUUAAUUAAGUUCUGUAUCAAGUGAUUGGUGGGACUCUUACUAUUACUGUCAGUGGUAAUGGACUUAACAGACAUGUAUACAGACUACACAGGUUUUAGUGUUGUAAAGGUUCGUCUGUGUUGGAUGAUCUGCUCUCUGUAAUGGAGGAUUAACCUGUGGGAAAAUUAGGCUUUACAGGAUUGAACACCGAUAGCUCUGGUGUGAACCUCUUUAACCUUUCGCAUAGUAUGAGAAAACCCAGUUUUAGUUCUGAGCUAUAAUCACAUUGUACAUAAACAGUUGUAGAACAUGUUCAACCUUGUCACAGAAGAAAUAUAUAGAGCUAUAAUAAAGGUAUUGUCUGGGAGAAAUCAGUUUUGUACAAGUUACAUUUUAUUUAAUUAUGAAUUAUAUUUUUUGUGGGCUUCAUUUUGGAUUUUGAACACUAUUAAUCAAACUACAUUUUUACUAAGUGAGGGUGGGAAGUCUUGCAGAAAAAAGUCGUGGUAAUCUUAUUUAUAUUCUCGGUACUAUGAAAAUCUGUUAACUUGUCCAUGAUAGUUGAGAUGUCUCAAUUCAUACUGAUUUGAUUUUGACAAAAAAUGUAUUCCUGAGAUGACUCAAUCACAAAUUAAGACUGUGGUUGUAUAUAUUUUAGGUCUUAAAGAUGUAACAAACUGAGGGAUGUCUCUUUUAGAAUCUCUGAACAGGCUUGUAAGCAUUAAAAUUUUUCCAGAAUGAAUUUGUAUUGUGAGCAAAAACAGGAAAGUGAAACAACUUCAUUUUUGGUAUUUAGAGGAAAACUGUUUAUUUCAUUAUUGACAGCACAACAAUCCAAAAUGUUCAACCUUGUACAAUAGAGGCCUCUAGCCAGUCACUAAUAAAGCUUUAGACAUAGAGCUAAUAAAACUGCAUUAAAAUUAAAAUUCAGCACACAUUACUUGAAAAGGUUCAAUUUAUGGCCGUAAGGACCUGUACUCCUGAGAUACAAGAAACCCUUAAAUAUACAUAGAACUGCACAAGUACAUUAGGCAGUAUGUACAAGUCCACCACAUGUAGUUGAUAAUACUGAACCUGAGACUCAAAUAUAAAUCACUUGCUUUGCCAUGUCUGAUAAUAAACAGUUACACCACUGCUGUUACCUAAUGCAGAAGAAAUGCACCUUACAAAGCACAUGCAACAGGCAGCAAUGCAGACAAGAGCAAGUUUCUUUUGGUUCCGUGUUAAAAUGAUGCAAAAUUCAAAAAAUCUCACUGUGUCAAAGCAAAUACUAAACUUUAACCAUUGAACACUGCAUGAAGUUCACACAUUAUAAAACAUUUCUCCUAAUCUACGAUGAAAAAUCAGGAGUAUUAAUGGGAUUUUUUACCAGACACAAUAAUGGUUAGUGAUUAGAGGUUAAAAAUAAUGUGAAGAACAACCAGUGGAUGGAAAACGAGAGCUGAGCUGCUUGAAAGAUUAUACUGUAUAUUAAUGAACAAUAAACCAGUACCCCACCCAACUGUUACCCAUCAUGCAUAUGAGUUACAAUUUCAAGAAAGUACUCAAAGCAUAAUUACUACAAAAAAGAAAAAGAACCGUUUCACUCAACUAAUUUAACAUUUACUGUA